AUGGAUGAUUGUUUGCCAUGCCCAGAAGGACAGUAUCCAAACAACCACCAUGAUUCAUGCCUCCCAAAACAGGUAGUUUUCCUGUCUUAUGAAGACCUAUUAGGAACAACUUUGGCCACUACUGCACUCAUCUUUGCUUGCAUUGCCACUGUGGUGCUUGGGAUCUUCAUCAAAUACCAGGACACUCCCAUAGUCAAGGCCAACAAUCGGAACAUCACCUACCUUCUUCUUGUCUCCCUUGUGCUCUCAUUCCUUUGCAGCUUGUUAUUCAUUGGAAAACCUGAAAAGGUGACCUGCCUUUUGCGACAAACUGCUUUUGGGAUUGUCUUCUCGGUAGCUAUUUCUUGUGUAUUAGCCAAAACCAUCAUUGUCAUUUUAGCUUUCAUGGCUUCAGUGCCAGGAUCCAAGAUGAGGGGAUGGCUGGGCAAACAGUUAGAUAAUUACAUUGUUGUUUCCUGCUCCCUCAUUCAAGUUGUUGUUUGUACCAUAUGGCUUGCAAUCUCACCCCCAUACCCAGAUGCUGAUAUGAAUUUAGUGGCAGAUGAAAUCAUCCUAGGAUGCAACGAAGGCUCUACAGUCAUGUUUUACUGUGUCUUAUUCUACCUGCUUUUCCUUGCCAUUGUUGGUUUCAGUGUGGCUUUUCAAGGUCGCCAUUUACCAGACAGUUUUAAUGAGACCAAGUUCAUCUUCUUCAGCCUGUUGUGUUUUUGCAGUGUGUGGUUGUCCUUUUUCCCAACCUAUCUGAGCACCAAGGGGAAAUACAUGGUAGCUGUGGAGAUCUUUUCCAUAUUGUCAUCUAGUGUAGGAUUACUAGGCUGCAUAUUUUUCCCCAAAUGCUUUGUCAUUCUACUAAGGCCUGAUCUGAAUACUAAAAAACAAUUAAUGAGAGGCAAGAAAGAAGGAAUGUAA